UUUGUGCGUUGCGUCGAGGAUGGCGGGCCGAGGCCUUGUCCUCCUGGCCUGGGGGCUCCUCCAAGCGGGAGAGGCCUACAAGCUCAACGCCCCGAAAGUGCUGCUGCCUUUCAGCCGCGAGAAGCGCGUCCCCUUCGUCCUGGGCGCCGAGGGAGGCUGCUACGCCUGGUACUCCACUCGCCACGAGGCGGUCUCCAUUGAGCCCCUGUACGGGAACGGCACGCUGUGCUCGCAGAGGGCCCUGCUCACCCCUCGCACCUCCCAGGCCAUGAAGCUGGCCAGCGUCAUCAUCGCGGAGGAAGUCGUGACAGGUCACUUGCUGCGCUGUGACGUCAUUGUGGACCUCAUUGACCGCGUGGAGAUCAUCUCCCGGACCCGCGAGAUUUACGUGGAGGACUCCCCGCUUGAGCUGAGCGUAAGAGCUCUGGACGCGGAAGGGAAUACGUUCAGCAGCCUGGAAGGGAUGGAGUUUGAGUGGAGCAUCGCCAAGGACGAGGACGAAGUGGACAACUGGGAGCUGUCCAGCAAAAUUAGGAUCCUGAAAUAUUCCGAAGCAGAGUAUUCCCCGCCGGAUUAUGUGGUUGAGAUGGAAAGGGAGGAGAAGCAAGGAGACCGGACCCUGGUGUCGGGGAUCAAAACGGGGGCCGCCGUGGUCAAGGUCCGGAUCCAGGAGCCCAUUUACAAGAAAGUAGCCGCUGCCUUUGUGCGCCUCUUGGUUUUGGAGAACAUCUUCCUGAUGCCGUCUCACGACGUCUACCUGCUGGUGGGCGCCUACAUCAAGUACAAAGUGGGCAAAAUCGUCCAGGGAAAGAUGACAGAGGUGGACCUCCCUCUGGAACAUUACGAGCUGGAGCUGCGGGAUGAAGAGGGGGCGGAAGACGACCUUCCAGUGGCCGCCCUGGAUGCCCAGACCGCAACGGUCACCGCCCUGCACCUGGGGCAGGUCAACCUCAUCUUCAUCCAUAAGAAUAUCCACAUGCGAGCCUCCUCCGGACUCCCCAACUGCAGCAUCUAUGUUGUAGAACCUGGGUAUUUAGGUUUCAACGUCCAUCCGGGAAACAGGUGGGUCCUGGAAGUGGGGCGGACCUACAGCGUCACCGUCGACGUCUAUGAUAAAUCCAGCAUGAAGGUCUACCCAUCGGAGAAUCUCCGCAUGACCCACUGGUUUCCGGGGCAGUACUUUGAGGAGCUGAUUUCGUCCGCCAACGGCUCCUAUCACGUGAUCCGGGUUCUGAAGGACGGCCUCACUACCGUUGCGGCCAGCCUGGUGUCUAUCCUCCUCCAGAGCGGCUUCGAGGACUUCCUCCCGGCCCCCAUCAGCCACGAGCAGGAAGUGAAGAUCUUCCUCCCCAUCCGGCUGACGCCUUCCUUCCUGGCCUUCCCUUACCACCCGCUGGACGUCUUGUAUCGCUACAGGGUUCAGGUGGAGGGCGGGAGCGGCAACUUCACCUGGUCCUCCUCCAACCAGACAGUGGCCACCGUGACCGUGAAAGGGAUGGUGACGGCCGGGCAGGCCGAGGGGCAGAGCGCCGUCCAGGCCAGGGACGUGCAGAACCCCUUCCAUUUCGGGGAAAUACAGGUGUCUGUGCUGAGGCUCUCCAGGAUGGCGCUACUCCCGUUCCACGCUGAGGCCGAGGUGGGCCAGACGGUGGAGGUGCCCCUCAUGAUGUACCACACGGAGAAGGCGACCGGGGAGACCCUCAACUUCACGGACUGCUCCCUCCUGCCCCUGGAGGUCAACAUGGACAAGCAGGGCGUCUUUGCCUUGGAUGAAGAGGGGAAAGCGAAACGUGGGCCCGGCUUCUGCUCCAGCAUUUACCUGACGGCAAAGUCUCUGGGCCACACUCUGGUCACAGCCAGCGCCACCGUCUUUGAGGAAUACUUUGACACCAGCGCCACCUUUGCUGCGUAUGAGCCUCUACGGGCGGUGGAUCCAGUGGAGGUGGCCCUGGUGACCUGGCAUUCGGCCAAGGAGAUGCUCUUUGAAGGGGGGCCCGGCCCCUGGCCCCUGGAGCCCUCGCGCUUCUUCUCGGAGUUCCAAGCCGAGCGGCAGGACCAGGCGCAUGUGGCGGAGGUCCGGCUGCCCUCCAAGCGGAAGCCCCACCAGUACAUUUACCGGGUCACCUGCCUGGAGCUGGGGGAGCAGGUGUUCACCUUCCAGGUGGGCAACCAGCCCGGCGUGCUGAACCCUAGCCCCGCGGUGGAGGUGGUGCAGGUGCGCUUCCUGUGCGCCCACCCGGCGAGCAUGGCCAUCAGCCCCGUCUAUGAGCUGGCUUCCGGAGCCCCGCCCUGCCCCCUGCCCCAGCACCACAAGCAGCUGGUGCCUGUCUCCAGCCUGAGGAACACCGUCUUGGAGCUGGCCCUGUUCGACCAGCACCGGAGGACCUUCGACAACUUCUCCUCUCUGGUCCUGGAGUGGACCUCGGCCAACAGGAGCCUGGCCCGCUUCAGCCGCCCGGACUCCAUGCAGAUGGUGCCCAAGCAGGACGGGACCGGGCAGAGCAGGCUCCACGGGCACCAGCUCCUCGAAGUCCGUCAGGUCAAGGGGACCGUUCUGAUCGCCGUCCGCUUUGUGCGCUACUCCGAGAGAGGCAGCCCCAAGGAGGUCUCCAACUCUCCGGCCUCCGCCGCGGUGGAGCUGAUGCUGGUGGAGGACGUCACCGUGGUGCCGGAGAACAUCACCGUCUACAACCACCCAGACGUCACGGAAGUGUUUUCACUGUUGGAAGGCUCCGGCUACUUCCUGGUCAACAGCAGCACCAAGGACAUGGCCAACGUCACCUACCUGGAGGCAGAGAGCACCGUCCGAGUGGUGCCCGUGGCCCCGGGUUCCUUGAUGCUGGAGGUGUACGACCUGUGCCUGUCCUUCCUGGGACCAGCGACCGCCUACCUCCAAGUGUCCAACUUGUACGACUUGGAAGUGGACCUGGUGGAUAAGAUCGAGGUGGGCAAAUCGGUGCUGGUCUCGGUGCGCGUCCUGGGACACCUCCGGCUCCCUUUCCCCAGCAAGUACUUCCGCUUCAUGCAGCUCCAGCUCAAGGCCGCUUCCUCCAUCGUCUCCCUCUCCCUGAUGGAGGAAGCGGGCGACUCCGCCGAGGUCUAUGUGCUGCGCGCCCUUGUGGUGGGGCAGACCACGCUCGUGGCCAGCGCCUGGGACAAGACCGGGGCCAAGUUCACCUCCGCCCCGUGCAAAGUGGAGAUCUUCCCGCCGUUCAGGCUCAUUCCCGAGAAGAUGGUCCUCAUUCCGCACAACAUGAUGCAAGUGAUGUCGGAAGGCGGGCCGCAGCCGCAGUCCCUCAUCCACUUCUCCAUCAGCAACCGGACCGUGGGCGUCGUGGACGGGCGGGGCCAGGUCACCGCCAAGGCCGUGGGCUCCGCCGUCAUCCUCGGCACCAUCCAGGCCGUCAGCGAAGACACCGGGAAGGUCAUCGUCUUCUCGCAGGACCAGGUGGACCUGGAGGUGGUCCAGCUCAAAGGGGUGCGGAUCCACGCUGCGGCCACGAGGCUCGUCACGGGCACCGAGAUGCCGGUGUACGUGAUGGGGCUGACCACGACACUGACCCCCUUUUCUUUUGGGAGCGCCAACCCGGGCCUGGUCUUCCACUGGACCGUGAGCAAACGGGAUGUCCUGGACCUCCUCCCCCGGCAUUCGGAGGUGUCCCUGCAGCUCCCUCCGGAGAGUAACUUUGCCAUGGUCCUGCACACCAAGGCCACUGGGAGGACCAGCAUCCGAGUGACGGUGCGGGCCUUGGACCCCUCGGCCAGGCAGCUGGAGGGCGGCCAGGUGGAGCUCUCUGACGAAGUGCAGGUCCUGGUGUUUGAGAAGCUGCAGCUCUUCUGCCCGGAGUGUCCCGCGGGCCAGAUCCUCAUGUCCAUGAACUCCCAGCUCAAGCUGCUUACCAACAGGGAGGGGGCGGCGGUGGUGUCCACGCAGCUCCUGCAGUGCUUCCCCAACUCCUCCGUCAUCGAGGAGAGCCGGCAGGGCCUCCUCCGGGCCGGAUCCGUCACCGGGACGGCGGUGCUGGAGGUGACCGCGCUGGAGCCCAUCGGCGUCAACCAGACCAUCAUCACCGGAGUGCGGGUGGCUCCGGUCUCCUACCUGCGUGUGAGCAGCUCCCCGCGGCUCUUCUCGACCGGCCCGGGCCCCCUCCGCGCCUUCCCUCCGGGCAUGUCCCUGACGCUCCGGGUGCAGUUCUACGACAGCACCGGGGAGCGCUUCCACGCCCAGAGCAGCCAGCUCCACCUGGCCCUCAACAGGGACGACCUGCUGCUGCUGCGCCCGGGCAGCGAGAACCACACCUUCGUGGCCCGAGCGGUGAACAGCGGGGUGACAUUGGUGGGCCUGUGGGAUGCUCGGCGCCCAGGGAUGGCCGACUACAUCCCGGUCCCCGUGGAACAGGCCAUUGGGCCGGAACUGCCCCAUCCGCUGGCCCCGGGUGACCUUGUCUGCUUCCACACCACCCUGGUCGGUCCCAAAGGUGAGCCUGGGACCUGGCAGGUGUCGCCCGGCGACCUCCUGGAGGUGGACGCCGAGAGCGGGGUGGCCUUUGCCAAGAGGGCCGGGAAAGCCACCGUCUUCCACGACAUCCCAGGCCUGGUCAAGACCUACAGAGAGGUUGUGAUCAGCGGCAGUUCUGGCCUCAGCCUCAGCCUGGGAGCCAGGAAGUACCUGACCAACGCUCCCGAUGCCCCUGAAUUCCGGGUGUUUGUCUCCACCAGCAAAACAGGGGCCCUCAGAGGGCCUUGCAGUUCUGCCCAGCUCCGCAGCAUCGCCGAGGGCCUCUCCCCGGAGUCUUACCUGAGCUGCCAGGUGGAGUUUGGGCCUGCCUUCCCGGAGGAUGUCCCCGCUCACAAGGUCUUCCACGUACGGCCUGCUUUCUACGCCAACAAAGGCCUGUACGCCUGCCUGGUGGCGGUGAAGGAGGGCCCGUCCGAGGCGGACCUGCUGGCGCUGAGCGGCUCCGAGGGCCCGGCCGUGGUGUCGGCCUCCCUCCUGGGCGGGACGGGCCCCGAGCGCAGCCAGAGCCUCUCCGUCCCCUUCCUGCCGGCCUUCGUCCUCAACCAGAGCGAGGUCCUCUUCAGCAGCCAGCAGAUGAGCGCCGAGGUCGUGGUCAUGGGCUCCAGGCAGGUCACCGAGUUCCUAGAGGCCGAGUCCAGCUCUGCGGCCCUCCGCGUGGAGGGUCCGGUGCUCCUGCGGGACUGGCCUGGGCUUGCCUUCCUGGAGCUGACCGUGGUCAACCUGACCUCCCUCCACCAGGCGGCGGCGCCCGUCUACGUCAACGUCUCCUGCGCCCUGACCGGGCAGAGGGCCGCCCUCCUGGUCCGGGCUUUGCCCGAGAAGCCCUUGUUCGACCAGUGCGCAGUGAAGCAGCUGGUGGGCUCCUACCACGUCCUCCUCUUCACCAUCUUCGUCAUCCUGGCCUCCACCUCCAUCAUCUUCCUCGUGUACAACACCUUCCAGACCCGAGCGCAGAACAUCCCGAUGGUCUACGUCCCCACCGCCGGCAUCAUGCCCGCAGGAUACCAUUCGCCUCCCCCAAGCGCCCAGCACUAUUAUUCCGGCGCAAGGAACCGGACUCAGGCCUGGCUCUGGAGCGUGAGGAAAUGACCGCCUCUCGGGGCAACGCAAAGGAGGAAGUAAAACAAGUGAAGCGUG